AUGAUAAAUAAUUAUGAUGACAUAUUGCAAUGGGUCGAAGAGAAUGAUAUUAUGAUCCUCGAUCGAGGUUUUCGUGACUCGUUAGGUGUUUUAAAGUCAUUAGGCAUUGAUGUCGCUAUGCCUUCAUUUUUUGGUCCGAAACAAAACCAAUCUGAUGUUCAAGAUGCUAAUAAUUCUCGUUUCGUAACUAUUCUACGUUGGGUUGUAGAGAGUGUCAAUGCUCGCAUCAAACGCUUCAAAUCGUUUAAUCAAGUUAUACCGAAUUCUUUGCUACCAUAUGUACAAGACUUCAUCUACAUAGUAGCAGCACUACUCAAUUGUUUUCAUGUUUCUAUGGUAACUCAAUCUCCAAAUUAUGAUGAAACUAUUCGCGGCAUGAAUUCGUUAAGAACACAAAACAACACUUUGCAAAUAUUUCUCACCGAUUAUAAUUUAACACGAAAUUCGAUUUGGAAUGUAACUGACAUCCAUAACUUGGUCCAAAGUUU